AUGAGUACGAAGGAAAACAAAGAACCGAGUUUUGUGAAAGGAGAGUUUGAUCCUAAAGAUCCCUCGACGUACACUACUAAAAGGGGAGGAAGGUUUUGCCUAGAUGACUUCGAAAUUGGGCGACCUUUAGGUAAAGGCAAAUUUGGAUCAGUCUAUCUAGCCCGUGUGAAGAAAAACGAAUUCCUCGUGGCCUUAAAAGUGUUGUUCAAAAGUCAGCUAAAGAAGAGCGCUGUUGAACAUCAGCUUCGAAGAGAAAUCGAAAUUCAAGGGCAUUUAAGACAUCCCAACAUUCUUCGCAUGUACACUUAUUUCUGGGACGAAAAAAGAAUCUAUCUGGUUCUGGAAUAUGCACAGGGUGGAGAGAUGUACAAAUUCCUCAAAAAGAUGAAUCGAUUCGACGAGACAACGGCUGCUGUGUUCAUGUUCCAAAUGGCAGACGCACUUAAGUACUGCCACGAGAAGAAGGUUAUUCAUAGAGAUAUAAAACCUGAAAACCUGCUUAUUGGUGACAACGGAGAGUUAAAGAUUGCUGACUUCGGAUGGAGUGUACACGCACCCAACCAAAAACGUCAAACGAUGUGUGGCACUUUGGAUUACUUGCCACCGGAAAUGGUCGUGGGUGAAGAACAUCGAGAAUAUGUAGAUAUUUGGUCCCUCGGCGUGCUUUGCUAUGAGUUUUUGGUCGGCACUCCUCCAUUUGAGCACGAUGAUUCCGCAAGUACUUAUAAGGCUAUUCGGAAUGUGCGCUAUACGUUCCCUAGCUACGUAUCCAGUGGUGCACGAGAUUUGAUUAAUAAGUUACUUCAACGGCGACCACAAGAAAGGCUGUCGUUAGAUAGUGUAAUGAAUCACGAGUGGGUACAAUUUCACCUUCAAAAGCGACAAGAAAAUCCAACAGCCCCUAAGACAUCAAGGAGAGCGUUGCCCGAAUUCGAUUUUUUCUAA